UCAACACUUAAAUAUUUAUAAAAAUUCGAUAUUGACGCAUUUACAACUUAUAAACUCCUUCGUUUCCAAUUGAAAACGCUUUCUAGACAAUCAUGUCUCUGAGUGAUGUUAAUAAUAAUAAUUGUGAAGGUGCAACACCAAGGCGUUAGAUAUAAACCCGCGAUGGUAUACAGACACCAUAUUAUCCCCUAAAUAUGGGAAGUCUAUAAAAUAGCCCUCUAAGGAGAGUAUACACCAAAAAGAUAACUACUAUCCAUUCGGGGAUGAAUAACCCGUAAAAGUGUAUGAAGAUCCUCUCCAAGUAUGAUCACGGAUACUCUUACUGUAGUAGUUAAGCCUGAACCGCGCCGAGGGUGCUGACGACUAGCCGCCAAGACGAACUUUGCAUCCGAAUGGACGGUUAAUAUGCGGCGGCCCUGAAAACCCCAGUUCAAGCCUAGGACCCUUAUUGAACUUCUUGGCUGGGGUCUUUCCAGUUUCGCGGCAUAUAUACUUAGGUAUAUCGCGACGUUACAGACAAAAUCGUAACCGCCUUAACUUGCUAUUUUUAAUGUUGUUGUCGCCGGGUCUCUCCCGCCAAGUUCCCUCCACAACUACCUAGGUAUGGCUCGACCACGCGCACCUAGGGCUACAGCUAUUGCGGGCGCAAUCGCGCGAAUUCUUGGAUUGGGCGCUUCCGUAGUAUUACUGGCUAACUUGGUCUAUGAGAGUGUUUCUUGGGGAAAGACGUUGGGGCUUUCCGUUUCGGUGGCUGUUAUUGCGCUCGUAGUAGACGGUUCCGAAUUGAUGGGACUGCUCGAUUCAACGCAUACGAUACCUCGGGUCUCUCCACCCUGCAUAGUUUGCGGAGAUGUAUUAGUACUCUCCCUCGCGAUCCCUUCAAUAUUUGUUAUCAGUUUGAGUAAUCGUCGUUGGUCAUCGUCCGAAGAUCCGUAUCCUUGGGAGGGCACCGACUAUCUAUCUCUCACCGUUACAAUUGCGAUAUGUGCUUUGAGAUUCGUAUUAUUGAUAUGGAGUUGCGUGGAUUGUUGUUAUGUAAUAAAACAACCAAGGAGUAGGGUUUCACCUAUGAAUUCAUCGGGGGAGCUACGAGAAGUUUCAUCAUCUGGGUAAAUUGACGCUAUAUUUAUUCUCGAAU